AUGAAACGGGUCGCCUGGGCACGUGGAUGCGGCGUCAAAAUGGCGGACGUAUUAAAACAUAUCAACAGAUACGCGUUGGCGCAGCUCGUUCUGGUCACGCUCGUCCUGAUUGUGCCGUUCCGGAUGGUGCACGCUAUCGAUUGCUUCAAGUGCGUCUCGAUGAACGGUGCCAACAAGGCGUGCGACGAUCCGUUCCACAACAACUACUCGGCCGCCAUCCUCGAGUCGCCGUGCAUGGGCGGCCGAAAGGGACGGGAUGGGCUGUUUCCGGCUACAUCGUGCAUUAAAAUUGCCGGUUAUUACGAUGAUACCGGCGAAACUAUAACGGUCCGUGGCUGUGCUCUGGACAGUGGCACGUUAACUACGGACACCGAAAUAAUUCGCAUGUCCCACUGCGGGCGGUUCUACUACGACGACAGAUACGUCCACGGGUGUCUACAAAGUUGCAACGAUGCCGACGCCUGCAAUGGAGCGCGAACGGUGGGUGCCCCGGGCGCGAUGGGAAUGGUUUGGUCCGUGCUGGCAUUAAUCCUGGCCGUCGCUGGCAGGACGCUGCUGGGAACAUCAUCAUCAUCAUCAUCCUCCACAUCACUCCACCCGACCGUGGAUCGUCUGGGCGCCGACGGAAGCUAA